AUGAUUAAAGGUCUCUUCGUCGGGUUGGCGAUCGUUGUGGUGCUGGCGGUGAUUCCGGUCGUGCAUUUCGUCGGAGUUCCCGCCGGACCGUUUAUCGCCGGCUAUUUCGGAAUCAACGUGGGCAGGGAUCAAACCGGGAACCCUGGCCGAAGGGCGUUGAUUUUCGGCAUUUGGAUGGGCGUCUUUGUUGCCGCCAUAACCGCCGUAGCGGCGAUGCUUGUUACCCUGGCAGGCAAUUUUGCCUAUCCGUUACUGCUCUGGGGAGGAGUGGUUGUGGCGACAUUCUAUUACAGCAGCAUGUCGGCCCUGGGAGCGUGGUAUUCGGAGCUGAGGGCCUCGGAACAAGCCAACGCCGCAACAGUCCAAGGAUCCGCGGUUGACGGCACCCGCCGUUAG